CGGUAGUAAAACGGUUCAUUUACUACUGAUAAUAUUUUAGCUCAACUCUAUAUAUAUAUAUAUGUAAAAUCUUAACUAUUAGAUCAGAAUCAAAUAGGUAAAAUUUUAUAAAUUUAUUUUCUAUAUGUAUCCUUCAUAAUUUUUUUAAUUUAUUAUUUAUGAACCAGCUCGUAUUUUUCUACGUAAGCUGAAUUUUUUAGCUCGAUAUUUUGACGAGCCGGCUCGUGUUCAGCUCGUUAAUGCUAAACACAAGUCGGUCUCAAAUCGCUGGUGUUCGGGGGCGUUGGCAGCUCUAACAAAUAGACCCUCUCUGUACAUAAAUACGGGAUAGCGGCGCCGCAUUGUUGGACCUCUGUCGGCCUGUCUGCCCGUCUGCCUGUCCUUCUCAUGACUUCGACUCGUUCCUGCUGGUCGGCGCACAGCACGAGAGGAGGAGGAGGAGGAGGAGGAGAAGGAGAACAUGCACUAGUGCUCCUCGCAGUGGCACUACCAUUAUUAGCGUCAUUGCCAUCGCCAAAUUCUCGGCCUAGGGGUAGGGUUAGGCUUAGAGUUUUGUAGUUCGUCCUCCUCAUGAACACCUCUCGCGCGCGGCUGCGGUGGGGGGCGGCGGAGACGAGGGAUCUGAUCGCGGCGAGGGCGGCGGCGGAGGCGGAGGAGAAGUGCAAGUGCAAGUGGAAGAGCCUCGUCCAUCCAUGCAAUUGCAAGGGAAAAGAGACGUCGGAUGCCGAUAACGUCGAUGAGCCGGCGACGAACAUGCGACGCCCUCACCUUGCUGUUGAAUCCUGUGCCUCCAAUCCGAAUAAGAAACUAAAGAGGCCGUCCGAAGAUCGAUCGUUCGAUGAAUUCUUAGAAGGUGAAGAUGAAGAUGAAGAUGAAGAAGAGAAUGGCAAUCGCGACGGCCCCGCUCGAAGCACGAAGACGAGGGUCGCGAGGGGGGCAAAGUUACUGAUUGGCGACAGAAGCAUUGUUGAUGUGUUGCGAGAGCUGAUGGAGUGGCAACAGAAGGCGGAGAAGCGGUGGCGGGAGGAGAUGGAGAGGAGCGUGGAGGAGCGGCGGGUCUUCGAGCAGGAGUGGCGGGAGACGGUGGAGAGGUUGGAGAGGGAGAGGCUGAUGCUGGAGCGGGCGAUGCGGGAGAGCGAGGAGCAGGCGAGGAUGAGGGAGGAGACCCGGGCGGAGAAGCGCGACGCGCUGCUGAACACACUUCUAGAUAAGCUCAUCCCAGAUGGUGUUUGA